ACCAACGCUCGCGCCUCGGCAUUGAAGUAGACGUGCGUCAAGACUUUUAUCAAAGCCGGUCGUUCGGUAGGUCGGUUUCACCUUCGCCUAGCUAAAAUCGAUUCGUGCGGAUAUACUAAAUACUAGCUCGCCCUCCCUCUCUCUCUCUUGCACUAUUCGUUCAUUCCCGGUUAUCCUUUGGCCAAUUGUUUCGUGGUGGCACAAUGGAAAUUCUGGUAUUAUUGGGCGGUCAGUGCGAAAUUCUUGAAAUUUUUCAAAGUUCCUUAGCAAAUGUUUAAAAAAUCACAACAAAGCCAAAAAAGCGAAUAAUGCAAAACUUGGACUUUGACAAAGAAAACGAAAAUCCACAGCACUUCCCAUCCAACACAGCCUCAACUUCAGAGCACAUCAACCACAGCGACAACAAAACCAGUAACAACGACAACCAAGAGGAUCUAUCCAAAGGCGAUUUUUCCAACUCUAACUCUAGCACCGACAACGAAACCAACGAAACUAACGAAAACCCUACAACUUCAGAGGCAGCCAGACCAAAAUUUUCCUUUGCCUCCAAUUACACACCAGCACAACAUUUUAGCUCCUCUUUUGCGGCACCAUCUACAUCGAGUUUGUAUCAACACUACGGCUCACAUUUGCCAUUGUCCUCUUCGGUAUCGGCUUUUACAGUUUUGAAUAACAACGAUUACCUAUCCGGUUCGGGUUCGUCCUCAUCGUAUCUCACCAAACCCAACGCCAUAGUGCACCCCAUCAGGAGAUCGGAAGCAGCAGCCUUGCCGAAAAAUCAACCAUCGAAUGUGCUCAGCAGCAGAGAUCUCAGGAUUACCGGCAUUUCGGCAAAUGCGGCACUUUCGGUAACCCAUCCUCAGUAUAGCCGUGACAUUCACAAUUUCGCCGAGGAACUUCAACGCAAACUUAGUUCCUUGCAUGAAGGUGGUGGUGGUGGAAGUCGAGAUGGCCUAUCGAAAUUUAAAAAUUCUUCGCAAAAUGGCAGCAAUCAAGAAACGCUUAACCAACGACCGCUUUUCAUUACCACUGUACCACGAGGCAUUUUCCUGCCACCGCCAAACGAAAUUACACUCAUUUCGCCCUCACGAAAACGACAAUUGUACGCGUACUCCUCACAUCCUGUCGUCUACAAUGCGAAUGAGGCAUCGUCUAUGCUCUACAGCCAAUAUCAGCACCAACACCACUACAGUCGCCAACCUCAACACAUUGACCACACGCACAAUGCCCAUAAAAUAAAAUCCUUCUUCGCGGGCCACCACAACCACCAACAACAGCCGCCAUACAACAAUCGAAACUCGUCGCAAACAAUGGCCAAGGACAAAUACUCAAAUGUGUAUGCGGGCUCCACCAGCGGGGCCAAUGCAGGUGGUGGGGGUGGUGCUCGUGGUCAUUCGAUCGCCAACGCUGAUAAAGAUUUGUCGGCUAGCAAGGCGUCUUUACGACUAAACGGUGUCAGGGGGCCAUAUGCAUCCUCAGCAGCUACAGGGGCUGAUGCGGCUACAUCACCUCCAGUGGGAGGCAUAACCAUAACCAAACAACAAUUCCAACAACAACUUCAACUAAAUCGCUCAAAAAGAGAAACCCCACCAAUUGAACCCUACAAAAAUAUUAUGCACGACAGAAGAGUGGUGAGAGGCAGCAACUAUGGAACCACAAGUGCACUACUGAGUGACUACGAUCCUUUCGACAAGGCGGCUGAGUUUCGCAGACGUCAGGCUUUACGCAAAAGGAAUAUUAGCCAGAGAAAUCAACGAAAUGUUCUGGGCACACCACCGCCUGUCACUGGACGACGUCAUGAAGAUGUGCAAACCGACAAAUACCUGGAACAUCUGGUGAGCAGGCCACCAGAAUUCUCAGUAGAAACACAAACGGACUUAUUCCUCGAGAAACCUCCCACACCACCAUACGUACCAGCCAAAGUUGGCGUUGAUGUGUCCACAGAGAUAUGUGAAGGAGAACUCUUCCAAUUCGAUGUUGAGGCCCAGCCCAUCAUAGACACCUUAGUAGACAGCAUCAUGGAAAUGAGUGUGCUGGAGGUGGCACAUGAAAGGGAAAUCGAAUCGAUACGCGAAAAACAGGCAGAACUUCUGGCUCAACGUGAAGCAGAACUGGCGGAAUUACGUCGUCUUGAGGCGGAGGAAGUUCGUUUGCAGGCCGAGAAAGAGCGAAGAUUGCAUCAAGAUAAAGUUGCCAAAUCUUUGGAUGAGGACAUGCAAAAAGAAGUCACCGCCGCCAAAUUGCUGCAAGGUCACAUUGCCAGCAUUCUGCCCGAGAUUUUGGAUAAUCUGGAGCCUGCCACCGAUGCUGCCAAGCGAGAAAAACUAAUGGAAAAACUUUGCCCUUGGCUGUCGGCCGAAGUUGCCGAAGAAGUUGGUCACAUUGUCGAUUCACGUGAAAUCCUCACCGUUAUCAUUCAAGAGAUUAUCAAGCAGCGUGCCGAAAUCUACGCCGAUUACAAAGAAGAAGGCCCUACUACCUCCACAACCAAGCUUGAGCAUAUUGAAGAGGAAGAGCUAGAAGCCCGUGAAGCAGCGGAGGAGUCAUGUGAAACAGAUUCCAUUCAGGCGCCAGAUCCUAACAUCUGAUAAGAACACAUCAAAUGGUUGAAUCUUUAUAUUUUUUAAAUGCCUUAUUAUUUUCUUUGUAGUCCACAAUCAUCAUUUUCUUUCUUUGUUUCCAUAAAAGUACUUAUCACGCCAUUCGAAGAAAUUCUCAAAGAAUUUCUUUAGUAUGUGUGGUGUAAGUGUGGAACAAUCGAUAAAUACUCUAAAUUGUUGGCAAUGGUUAAUGUUACCGCAAUUUUGAAAAAAUGCUCACAUGUUCGAAUAUCCAUAUCCAAAACGAUUUCGAUCACUUGAGAAUUCCUUCAAAAGGGUGGUAUUUCUAUUCGUAGUAUGUAAAUGUAAAUACAAAUAAAAGAAUGUCGGAGCAGCUGA